AUGGCCCCCUCUGCCCUCCACGUGCUGAGCCUUCUCUGGGCUGUGGCUGGGACCAGCACCCACAUCCGAACCUCAUGCUCUGUUCCUGCGGCCCAACAGCCCCUGGUUAACAGCAUUCAAGGGCUCAUGGAGAACUCUGUAACUUCAUCAUCCUUUCCAAACCCCAGCGUCCUCAUUGCCAUGAACUUGGCUGGAGCCCACAAUCGGGAGGUCCAGAAGCUCCUCACACACAGUCUCAUGGACAGUGACACCAAUGAUCUAACCACUGGUCAGCUGGCCCUCACCAUCAUGGCCCUCACCUCCUCCUGCCGAGACUCAGGGACGCGGGUAUCGCUUCUACAAAGACAAAUGGAGAACUGGGCGCCUUCAAGCCCCAACGCUGAAGCUUCAUCCUUUUACGGGCCUGGCCUGGCAGUCCUGGCACUGUGCCAACAGAACCCCGAGGCCGCUCUGCCAAUAGCCAUCCGCUUUGCCAAGUCCCUGCUGGUCAACUCCUCUCCAUUCAACACGGACACAGGAGCAAUUGUGUCCUUGGCUCUGACCUGUAUGUACAACAAGCUACCCGUCGGUGCAGAAGAAGGUUACAAAGCCCUGUUUAGUCAGGUUCUCAAUAGUAUUGUGGCCGAUAUCAGCACGAGGAUCAAAGACAAUGGCAUCAUUGGAGACAUCUACAGUACGGGCCUCGCCAUGCAGGCUCUCUCCGUCGCACCCCAGCAAGCUGCAAAGGAGUGGGACUGCAGAAAGACUAUGGACACGAUACUUCAUGAGAUUCAGCAGGGGACGUUCCACAACCCCAUGUCCAUCGCCCAAAUCCUCCCUUCUCUGAAGGGCAAGACAUACCUAGAUAUCCCCCACAUUAUUUGUAGCCCUGAUCAAGAGGUGCAACCGACUCUUCCCAGCCAUCCUAGCCCUGCUCCCACCUCAGCAUCCAACAUCACUGUCAUAUACACCAUAAACAACCAGCUGAGAGGUGUGGAGCUGCUCUUCAACGUGACCAUCGACGUUAGCGUGAGGAAGGGGUCGGUGCUCCUCGUUGUCCUCGAAGAAGCCCAGCGCAAAAGCUCCAUGUUCAAAUUUAGCACCACAAUGACAUCCUGGGGCCUCAUCGUCUCUUCCAUCAAUGAUAUCGCAGAAAAUGUUAAUCACAAGACAUACUGGCAGUUCCUAAGUGGCAAAACACCUUUGAAUGAAGGUGUUGCUGACUACAGACCCUUCGACCAGGAGCACAUCACAGCCAAUUUCACACAAUACUAA